AUGAUAUUAUCGAACGAGCAGAGACUUCAAAUUCUCGGUGGAUCUGAGACGCGUGGUGCUCACUUCCUGUUCCGCUGGCCAAAUGGGGUGGUGCCAUAUACCAUCGACUGGGUUCUUGGUAGAAAUGCUUAGCAAUUAUUCCAUAAGGCUGAGUAUGAUACGAAGAAUUAUGCAGAUCAAGGAGACUAUUAUCCACUGAAACAAAGGCCGAGGUGGAUAACAGCUUCCGAGAUCUACCAAUUCUACACAUCAUACAAGAGCCGAAUUCAAUAAUUGUCUUAUUAUUCGUUCAAAAUAUUUCUAAGUUCUUAACAAGCUUUCCUCCUCAUAGACUUUCUUACGUAUAACGUUAAAUCAAUCUGACUUCACGUAUAAUUUAUGUAAUGUAGUAUCGAAAGCGCCAGGUUUCAUAGGCAACGUGGUGUACAUGUAUCGAGUUCGCUGAACUGGCGUAAGCAGUGUGAGGAAGUAGAUAAGAAGUUUAAGGCAAAUUGUGUUUUUACUGUCUUACAACACAACAUUCACGCUUCUCUACCCAAAGUUAAAGAAAGUGCAUAUCAGACUCUCGUGCGCCCAAUCUCAUACCACAAGGGGAGUUGCGACUGUUGAAUCUGUUCUAAGAUUCGACUGUGUGUAACAACUAUCAGAGAUCCACAAGUUUGUCUUUUCAUUACGAACUCAAUUGGUCAUCACUGUAAGGGCGAAGGACACCAAUGGAUCUUUCACUUUUUUAUAAGAUCCAGUAUAAUUAAGUCGCUUUGCCCUUUCCUAGUGAAUUAUCUCUUAACACCUCCUGCACCAAGAAGUCCCGUCUUUGCCCGUGUUUAAGACCAUACGGUUCGGAUAGCCUGUGCUAUUGGCAAUUAUCUGAGUAAAGAUCUUCGAAUCAGCCGUGAACGUCAUUUGUCAUUUUUUUUAGUUCACUCGGGAAUAAACAGCCAGUUGGUCACGCCUGGAAACGAGGUUGAUCGUGGUAUGUUGUUCAUGUAGCCUCAUUUCCUAUCAAAAAUACCAUUGAUCAUCCUCGUUUCCAUUCAAAUAUACCAUCGAGUGGACGGCAUAUUACUCGCAUCUUCCAAAUUUGGACAGCGCCGGUUUGUUAUGAAGAAUUAGCCGGGGAUCGGUGCCAAUCAGAAACGGUGAAAAACUUUGAAUGAAUAAUAAUACCUCUUAUUGACAUGAACGCAAAGCUCACGGGUGACUGGUAAAUUAGCCAUUUAGAUAACCCCUAAAUAUUUAACGUAAUUGAAUAUCAAAAAUCUAAUCGGUGUUAGAAAAGAAAGACGUAACGUCAUAUUUACUCUUAGCGUCUUUGAUAUAGCAAGGGAAGUUGAAGCAAAAGCAGCUAUUGCAGCAGCUAUCAAGGAAUGGUCAAGCAAGACCUGUAUCAAGUUUAAGGAAAGAACUAAUGAGUCUGGAUACGUGACUUUCCGUUUUGGAACUGGGUAUGUGGAGUUUUACGUAGUUAUUCAUUUAGUAUCCAGGGGCGUAGCCAGCUGUUCGACUAGUUGUAGGCCUGGCUGACUUUCUUUUCCACAUAUCCUGAAAAUUGCACGCAUGACUAGUAAUUUAUUCUCCCUGGGAGCCCCUACUCCCCAACGCCCCAAGGUUGGGAUGAGUUAUGGGAAGAGGUGAGCCCGGAGGCGGGAAGGGACUGGAGCUAAAGGCGUGAGAGAGUCCCAUCGCUGCGGGGAGGUGGGUGGGGCGACAAAUUAGGUGUCUGGUGUCCGUUUUAACGAAGAGAGAAAUAAACAGCAUGAAACAGGCUAAUUUAUACUAAACUCACAAAUAUAUGCACAACGAGUUCCCUCGCGGAUCCACGAUGCGCCGGAAUUUAAGUGCACGGGUCCCACGGGCACAGGGAGCGUUUGUGCGUGACGGCCCCCAGUGAGAAUAGUACGCACUGACCUCACCAACACUUUGAGCUUUUAAGCUUUUUAGCUAUCCCCAACGACGCAUAAUUUAUUACGAGCGGCAGAGUGAUCAAACCAAACAUUUGUAGGCGCGGGCCUACAGGUGUAUGGGCUGGCUACGCCCCUGGUAUCAGUCUAAUUUAAAGAUAUUCUCAGACUUGGUCGCAUAUCUUGAACUGCUUGUUAUGCUCGUGAGAUCUAUAAGCGAGGUACAUACAAUACUGAAACGUUAAAAUAAGUGAAUUGCAUGAGCAAUGGCUUUGUGAUUGGCCCAAUCACAGUGCAUUUUCCUUAUAGUUAAUCAUUUUACCGCGCUUUAUAGCCUUCCAUCAAGUCGAUAAGUGAAGGUGUAAGAAGUUGUAAUUGGACUUCGGGUUUCAUGAAGUCCGUUGUUUCAUUCAUUCUUUUCAUUCAAAUUUUUCUUGAUUUUCCUUUUAUUUAAGUGCCAUCGAUUGGGUUUAUCUUGGAACUCGCGCUCUUGAGCUAAAUGCCUAAACGGUAUUAGUUUUGGCUUGCUUGCUUCUCUCUAUAAGUGCUUUUCUAGAAAAAAAAACAAUUUCGGCUAAUUCAGUAAAUUUUGCAGCAGGUAACCGCAUUAUGACAAAUCGGACGUGAUCAUAACGAGAACUAAACUACUUCAUCAGCUGAAGCACAAAUCAAAUAGUCCAUCAUUGGACACCUAAAUGUACGGCUUCCAAUUGAACUAUUAAGUUAAAGGAGUCAAAACUAUCAUUUGAACUGAACGCUCUGGCAACUGGGCUGACACUUCGGAAUGAACUUCACACGAUUUUAUUUCAUAACGCAUGUUUCCUUGUGUUUCCAGCUUAUUUUAUUGCAAUAUUAUUUAUUUUUCCAUUUUUUAAUAGCUGCUCAGCCGAUGUUGGAUAUCAAGGAAGACAACAGUACGUUAAUCUUGCUACAGGUUGUUGGCACAUGGGAACUGUGGCUCAUGAAAUAGGUGGGAAGCAUACGUACAAAGACUGAUUAUUUAUGCUCAAAGAAAUGACUGAGGAACUUACCAAGUAUUAUUAACUGUCAUGCGCAUUUGAACAUUUUUAUGGAAAAUUGGGCACUAUAAAUGUAUCAUUAUUAUUUAUUAUUAUUAAGCCCAAGUUUUCAUCUUAUGUGGCUACUCGAACAUAGUCAUUCGUUGUACCGAUUUCAAGUAAAAGAACUUGAAAUUUUGGCGUUGAAAAAUAAAAGAACUAACAGAAAGUACAGUGCUACUAGGUUACUAUGAAGCCCUUGUAUAUCGUUGAAAGAGGGCUUAACUGCAGAGCGGGAGGUCGCAGGUUUGAUCCCCUGGACUGGACCAAUACUCAGGGUCUUAAACUUAGAAAUGACGGUACUGGCUUUGCUCCGCAAACAGCCAGACCUACGCGUGGCUCUGUUGACCGCUUAGAAAUGGCGGUCCCAUCUACAGUAGGAAAUUAAGACCUUAACAGCUAGCUCCUUACAACAUUUAUUUUUAACUUUAAACGGCUUGUUGUUGUUGUUUUUUUUUCUGCAGGUCAUGCUCUUGGCUUCUUUCACGAGCAGUCACGGCCUGAUCGGGACAAAUUUGUGCGAGUGUUGUGGUAUAACAUCCAACAAGGUCAUCCUUAGAUUUCUUUCCACUUGCAGAUUGCCUGGUAGAUGCAGGGGUUUCGACUUCCAUAUAUUUUGAUAGCGCCCACCCUUUUGUUUUUACCCUAUUGAUAUCCUCGCAAACUUCGUAUGAAAAUUUUAGAACAUUAAUACGAUAGGCAGAUACAAGCACACGUUAGAGGGAUAAUAAAGAUAUUUUUUUAAUUCAUUUUCAUUUUUCAUUUUAUUUUUUCCAUUCCAUUAUAAAUAGUAAAAGAUAAAUUACAGACAAACUUCAGAGCUUGAGUCCUAGAAAGUUUGCAAUACAUGAUAAAGUACAGGCCCCGGUUGUUCAAACGUUGGUUAGCGCUAUCCCCCGGAUAAAUCACUAUCCAGCGGAUAGCGUAAUUAAUUUCCGUAAUACUUAUCCGCUGGAUAGUUAUUUAUCCGGGGGAUAGCGCUAUCCAACGUUUGAACAACCGGGGCCAGUUAAGAUAAUUAUAUUUAGAUAAGUUUGUCACAAAAAGAAGAAAGAAUGAAGAAUGGAAAGGAGACGGGCACAUCUACGUAGGUCAACUAAUAUUGUGCCCCUAAAAUAACGUAAUAUAGGAAACUAUUUUAGUAGACAUUUUUUGUAACCCACCUCAGAAAUUAUCCUACAAGAAUUCAAAGAAUACAUUUAAAUUUAUCUGUCGUUUGUAAAAAGGGUAGUAUUUAGAUUUUGCUUAAUGACUCAGAUACUCCGGCGAACAUAAUCAAUCGUUGUUCAAACAAACUUGAAAUUCCGGCUUUGAAUAAGUGAUAAAAGCUCAUAAAAGGACUCAAAUAGUGCACUCGCGGCAUUGGAGUUCAUGCCACGAUGCUUUUUCUAGGUAAUAGAAGGAGCUUGCCUACCUUACUCUGUCAAAAUACUGUUUACCAGAUAGAGAAGAUGGAGAUGCGUAACAUCAUUGUAUCCAUUUUCUUAUAGGUCGAGGAUAUAACUUCAUGAAAGUUAAGUACAUUGAUUCGCAGGGUGAACCAUAUGACUACGAUUCUCUCAUGCAUUACGGUAAAACCUUCUUCAGUAAAAAUGGCAAACCAACCUUGCUUCCACGGAAGAAAGGGGUAAGACAGCUGUAAGGCUUAACUAGACUAAAUACUUUCUGGUAAAUUUCUACUUAUUUCUUAUUAAAAUAUUCACUCUUGCCCCUUUCCGGGUCCUUUCCCUGGUUUUCUAAUAUUUUGCUAUGAAUAUACAAGAAUUAUCGGUCUAUCGUGUUUGCCUCAUAAGAUGUCGCGGGCGAAGACUUAACUGUGUCACUGCUCUUUGCCAUCAGUCGUAGAAAAUAGUUUUGUCACUAUAGACUUGCAGACUGUCUCCGAAGAGUUUCGAGUGAUUAUAUGAUGUUUAUCUUGCCGAGUUCAACUCCUUAGGCCGUCAAAUCCAAGAUACACAUGAAGCUAGCAUCUGUGCUUUUUGAAAAACGGGGAAUGUAUUAAAGUGAUCUUAACAGACCCUUUCUUGUUUUAGAUUGAGUUUGGUCAAAGAGAAAGAGUGAGCAACGGAGAUGCUCGUCAAAUGAACAAGAUGUAUAGCUGCUUUUAG